AUGGCCCCGCUCGCUGCCCCUUCGCCCUGGGCGCUGCUGCUGCUGCUCCUGUUGCCGCCGCCCUUCUCCGUGGCCUCCAAGCUGAACAUCCCCAAAGUGCUGCUGCCCUUCACCCGGAGCACCAGGAUCAACUUCACCCUGGAAGCCAGCGAGGGCUGCUACCGCUGGUCUUCCACAAGGCCAGAAGUUGCCAGCAUAGAACCUGCAGAUCAAGAUGAACGCCAAUGUUCACAAAAGGCUGUUGUCCAGGCACGUUCUUCACAGCCAACACGUCUGACAAGUAUCAUUUUUGCUGAAGAUAUAUUGACUGGUCAAGUGCUUCGUUGUGAUGCUAUAGUUGACAUAAUUCAUGGCAUCCAAAUUGUGUCCACAACAAGAGAACUUUACCUUGAAGAUUCACCGCUGAAGCUGAAAAUUCAGGCUUUGGAUUCUGAAGGAAACACUUUUAGCACAUUGGCGGGGUUAGCCUUUGACUGGACGAUAGUAAAAGAUACUGAGGCUGAUGGCUUCUCAGAUUCGCACAAUGCAUUGCGUAUACUCAAAUUCUUAGAAUCUACCUACAUACCGCCUUCCUAUAUAUCAGAGAUGGAAAAAGUUGCCAAACAAGGAGACACCGUUCUGGUGUCUGGAAUGAAAACAGGGAGUUCCAAAUUAAAAGCAAGAAUACAGGAAUCUGUUUAUAAGAAUGUACAUCCUGCAGAAGUCAGGUUGCUUAUUUUGGAAAACAUUCUUCUAAAUCCAGCUUAUGAUAUCUACCUGCUGGUAGGAACAUCACUUCAAUAUAAAGUUCAGAAAAUAAGACAAGGCAAGAUUACAGAAUUAAUGAUGCCUUCAGAUCACUAUGAACUGCAGCUUCAGAACAACAUCCUUGGUCCUGAGGGAGAUCCAGCUCGGCCUGUUGCCAAGUUGGAUCAGGCAACAUCAACGGUAACUGCAUUGCAGCAGGGACAAAUUAACCUAGUGCUGGGGCACAAAAAUAUCCUUUCUAUUGCAGGUAUUCGCAUGCAAGGUGCUUCCAGAUUACCAAACAGCACUAUCUAUGUUGUGGAUCCUGGAUAUUUAGGAUUUACAAUUCAUCCUGGUGACAGAUGGGUCCUAGAAACAGGCAGACUUUAUGAAAUUACAAUAGAAGCAUAUGACAAAUCAAGCAAUAAGGUGUAUUUAUCUGAUAAUAUCAGAAUUAAUACAGAAUUGUCUGAAGAAUAUUUUGAGAUUUUGAAAUCCUCUCUGAAUGGAUCAUAUCACUAUGUGAAAGCAAUAAAGAAGGGUCAAACUAUUAUCGAUGCUGCUUUAACAUCUGUAGUAGAUCAGGAUGGAGGUGUUCAUACAUUGCCUGUACCAGUACGAAACCAGCAAGAAGUUGAAAUUUAUGUUCCCAUUAUCCUUUCACCGAGCAUUUUGACAUUUCCAUGGCAGCCAAAGGCAGGAGCCUAUCAGUACACAAUAAAGGCUCACGGUGGAAGUGGAAAUUUCAGUUGGUCCUAUUCUAACCAGGCUGUUGCUACAGUAACAGUCAAAGGAGUCAUGACAACUGGAAGUGAUAUUGGUGUCAGUGUUAUACAGGCAAAUGAUGUUCAGAACCCACUGCACUAUGGAGAAAUGAAGGUAUAUGUAACUGAACCUAGUGGCAUGGAGUUCACGCCGUGUCAAGUUGAAGCACGUGUGGGUCAGAUACUGGAGCUUCCCUUGAGGAUUAAUGGCCUAGUGAAUAUUGAAACCAGUGAGAUGGUCACACUGAGCGAUUGUUCACAUUUCGACUUAGUCGUGGAGGUAGAAAACCGUGGCGUCUUCAAACCACUCCAAGGGAGACUUAUGCCAAGUUCUGAUUUUUGCAGUGGAGUCAGAGUGAAAGCUGAGGCUCAAGGAUACACAACACUUGUUGUUAGUUACACUCAUGGUCAUGUCCACCUUAGUGCUAGCAUCACCAUUGCUGCCUACCUACCACUAAAAACUAUAGAUCCUUCUUCUGUUGCCUUGGUAACUUUGGGUUCUUCCAAAGACAUGUUGUUUGAAGGUGGACCAAGACCAUGGGUACAGGAACCUUCAAAAUUCUUUAGGAACAUCACUGCUGAAGAUACAGAAAGUAUUGGUUUAUCUUUAUUUGGGCCUCCGACAUCUCGGAAUCAUUUCCAGCACUGGGUUAGAGUAUCUUGCAAAACCCUGGGAGAACAAGUGAUUGCCUUAACCGUUGGAAAUAAGCCCACAGUUACCAACCCUUUUCCAGCCAUCGAACCUGCCGUUGUGAAAUUUAUCUGCGCAGCCCCUUCCCGACUCACUUUGACUCCUAUUUAUGCAAAUCCUCAGCUUGACCUCUCCUGCCCUUUGCUGCAACAAAACAAGCAAGUGGUUCCUGUUUCAAACUAUCGCAAUCCAGUAUUGGACUUGGCUGCUUUUGACCAGCAGGGGCGUAAAUUUGAUAAUUUCAGUUCUCUUGGUAUUAACUGGGAAUCAACAAAAGUUUCCUUAGCCAACAUUGAGCCCAGUAUGCCGAUGGAGCUGUCUCUAAAAGAGGAUGGAAGUGGUCAGAAGAAAAUGCAUGGCUUGCAAACUGUUCUAGUUCAUCGUGAGUCUGGAACAACUGCUGUCUCCGCUACUGCGACAGGAUACCAGCAGUCUCAUCUCAGUGCAGCUAAAGUGAAUAUACCGUAUGAACCUCUUAUCCCUGUGUCUGCCACCAUUGAGCUGAUACUUGUAGAAGAUGUGAAAGUGAGUCCUAGUGAUGUUACAAUCUACAAUCAUCCUGAUGUCAAGGCAGAGCUCCUCAUCAAAGAGGGUUCUGGGUAUUUUUUCAUCAACACCAGUAUUAUAAAUGUUGUAAAAGUGGCUUAUCAGGAAGCUCGAGGCAUUGCUUUGGUGUAUCCUUUAUUUCCAGGAACCUUAACGCUAAUGAUUCAUGACUUGUGUCUGACUUUCCCUGCUCCAGCUAAAGCUGAAAUCUAUGUAUCUGAUAUACAAGAACUGUAUGUCCGAGUUGUUGACAAGGUGGAGAUUGGGAAAACCGUUAAAGCUUAUGUUAGAGUAUUGGAUGACUCGAGGAAACCUUUUCUGGCUAAAUAUUUCACCGUCAUGGAUUUAAAACUGAGGGCAGCAUCACAGAUUGUGUCGCUGGUUCCUCUCGAUGAAGCUCUUGAUGACCACACUGCUGCUUUUCUAGUUCACGGCACGGUCAUAGGUCAAACCAGCCUUACAGCAACAGUCGCUGAUAAAAAUGGACAAGAAAUCAAUUCUGCUCCCCAACAGAUUGAAGUCUUUCCUCCAUUUAGGCUAUUGCCGAGAAAAGUUACCCUGAUCAUAGGAGCAGUGAUUCAGAUUACUUCAGAAGGAGGCCCUCAACCUCAGUCCAACAUAAUUUUCUCCAUCAGUGAUGAGAGGAUCGCAUCAGUGAACAGCACUGGCCUUGUAAGAGGAGAGGCAAUUGGAAAUGGGACAGUAACUGGAGUGGUUCAAGCUGUGGAUGCAGAGACUGGGCAAAUUGUGGUGGUGUCUCAGGAUAAAGUGGAAGUCGAAGUCGUACGGCUUGUGGCUGUUAGAAUCCGUGCACCCAUUACACGAAUGAAAACCGGUACACAGAUGCCAGUUUAUGUGAUGGGCAUCACCAGUAAUCAGACCCCUUUCUCGUUUGGCAAUGCAUUGCCAGGGUUAACGUUUCACUGGUCUGUCACCAAGAGAGAUAUCCUGGACAUCAAGACAAGACACAAUGAGGCUUCUCUUCAGCUUCCAGCAAAAUAUAAUUUUGCUAUGGAUGUUUAUGGCAGAGCAAAGGGAAGAACAGGGCUGAAGGUCAUUGUGAAAGCCCUUGAUCCUACUGCUGAACAGUUUCACAGCCUGGCAGGAGAGCUGUCAGAUGAAAUCCAAAUUCAGGUAUUUGAUAAACUUCUUCUAGUUACUCCACAAGUAGAUGCGGAGCAGAUCUUAAUGUCACCUAACUCAUUUAUUAAACUUCAAACAAACAGGGACAGAGUAGCUUCCCUGAGUUACCGUGUCCUGGAUGGUCCCAAUAAAGUUCCCGUUGUACAGAUUGAUGAGAGAGGCUUUCUGAACUCAGGGUCCUUGAUAGGAUCAUCAACAAUUGAAAUAAUUUCCCAGGAGCUGUUUGGAGUCAACCAGACCAUUGUAGUUGCCAUUAAGGUGUCUCCUGUUUCCUACCUGAGAAUCUCUAUUAGUCCUGUUCUGCACACUCAAAACAAAGAGGCUCUGUUGGCUCUACCAUUGGGUGUGACAUUAACCUUCACAGUCCAUUUCCAUGAUAACUCUGGAGAUACCUUCCAUUCGCACAAUUCUGUGCUCAACCUUGCAACCAACAGAGAUGACUUUGUGCAGAUUGGGAAAGGAACCACGAACAAUACAUUUGUAAUUCGAACUGUAAAUGUAGGCUUGACCUUGCUUAUGGUUUGGGAUACAGAGCACAGUGGAAUUGCAGAUUAUGUCCCUCUUCCUGUGCAACAUGCCAUUUUCCCUGAGCUCAGAGACAUGGUAGUAGGUGAUGUCAUCUGUUUUAGUACUACACUGAUAAAUCAAGAAGGCUUGUCAGGAGUCUGGAGCUCUUCACUGAGCAGUGUUCUUCAGGUUGACCCAAGGACAGGUGUAGCUGUGGCAAGGGAUUCAGGAGUUGUCACUGUUUAUUAUGAGAUUCCUGGACUACUUAAAACUUACAGGGAGGUAUUGAUCAGUAUUCCUCAAAGGACUAUAGCGAUGCAUGUAACUGGAGUGAAAACAAACUUACAAGGAGUUGCAGCUUCAAAAGUUAUAGUUGCAACUGGGGACAGAAGCAAAAAUUUGAAAGGGGACUGUUCACCUGUUCAGAUUGAAGCCAUUAAAGAACUACAACCAGAGUCCAAUAUCGGCUGCCACCUUCGUUUUAAUAAGGAUGCAUUUGAUUUCCCAGCGCAUGAUAUUUUUACAGCAGAACCUGGAUUUGAUGCAGUUUCAGGACACUAUACCUGUUCCAUCACAAUGCACAGACUUACUGACAAGCAGCUAAAGCAUCUGAGCAUAAGCAAAACUGCUCUCCUAGUUACAGCUUCAGUCCAGGGCAGCCAUUUCUCUGGAGAGCAGAUCAGCGCUGAAGUGCCGUUCAAUCCAGGGUUUUAUGCUGAUCAGACUGAAAUUCUCUUAAGUAACCAUUACACGAGUUCUGAUGUGAAAAUAUUUGGAGCCACUGAAAUUCUUGACAAACUGGAGGUGAAAUGUGGGUCACCAAUGGUGAAGGCCUUUGAGAAGGAGAAAUCAUAUGGACUGCCUAGUUAUGUAAUCUACACUGUUAGUGUAUCUGAUCCAGGAGUUCCAAGCCAGGGGUCCUUAUCAACCAUUCUUACCAUAUCUAGCCCAGUGACUGACCAGUCGAUCACUGUUCCGGUGACAGUGAUUUAUGUAGCUGAGAGAAGCGAGCCAAUGAGACACGGAGCCAGCUUCUUCCAACACUUCCUUGAUUCCUAUCAAGUAAUGUUCUUCACGCUUUUUGCACUGCUGGCAGGGACAGCUGUUGUGAUCAUAGCCUACCAUGCAGUUUUCUCCCCAAAAGAACAGAACACUUAUCCAGCAUUUACCCCAAGGACAACGCCUCAACACAGCUAUAACAGUUUUUCUGUUUCAUCUGCAACUUCUCUCAGUCCUUCGUACUCAGAUAGAAAAAACAGUCCUCCCUCCAGGCUAUGGAGUACUGGUUAUGCUUCACAUUAA